AUGGCCGACAUGCCGGAUCUAUCGCACCUGACGCAGGAGGAGCGCGCCAUCAUCGAAGGGGUGAUGAUGCGGCAGAAGCAGGAGGAAGAGCGGGAAAACGAAAUCAUGCGCCGCAAGCAGGACGAGGUGGCCACUCUCGUCGACUCCAUCCGGCAGAAGUCGGAGCAGCAGAAGAAGGCGGGCGUCGAGCUGGAGGCCACGUGCCACAUCUGCCUCAAGACAAAGUUCGCGGACGGUAUAGGGCACAUCUGCCACUACUGCAACAUCCGCUGCUGUGCCAAAUGCGGUGGCAAAGUAACUCUUCGCAACAAUAAGGUAAUAUGGGUAUGCAUAGUGUGUCGGAAAAAGCAAGAGCUGCUGUCGAAAACGGGCCAGUGGAUGAACAAGAGCACCAGCCCGGAUGGGAUGAUACGAAGGCAGGAAGGUGACCCACGGUCGCUGCCCCAAACGAUGCUCGACCCGCACGAUCCGUCCGACAAACGGCCAAAGCUCGAGCGGGCGCGCAGUGCGGCGGAGAAGGAGAACAACCCGAUGCAGCGGGCCAACAGUCAGCUACGUCGGCAGUACAGCCAGCAGGAUCCGCCAACCCGCCGACUAUCGCAGUCGGACGGCGUGGACAUGAUGAUGUCGCCCGGUCAUCAACACCAGCAGCAGCAGCAGCAGAUGGGUCGCAUGCAGCAGAUGGGACGGCCGGGCAUGUACGGACAGCCGGGUGGUGGUGGGUACGGCGGUGGCUACGGAGGCCACCAUUCGCAGCUGCCCCAGCCGCCGAUGCAGCAUGGGGGCGGUGGAGGAGUUGGCGGUGGCGGAAUGGGGUCCUACGGUGGAGGUGGUCAGCAUUCAAUGACGCCGCAGGUCCACAUCACGCACGCCGGCGGUGGAGGGUACGGCCACGAGGAUCCCAGCUACUACCAGAGUGAAAUCGAGGACCUGAUGCGAACGCAUCCCCAUCUGGUGCAUCCGCGCCAGCAGCAGCACUACGCCGAGUCGCUGCAGUCCAGCUCCGGCCAUAGCAGCGGGGGAAUUGGUGGGGGUGGGGGCGGAGGAAUGCAUCUUCCACCCGAGCCGACCAAAUCGCACAAGCGACCCCUCGGUGGACCCUACCUGCCCCAGCAGCGAUCGUUCAGCAGCUCCGAUGAGGACAUUCGCUCCACGCCGGAGUUCGAAGCCGGUCACCAAAGACAGUAUUUCGAUAAUCACACACGACUGAACGCUAACCUUAACGACUAUCGCGCAACAAAGCUGGACGUGCAGCAACGCAAUAGUUACAAUCGUACCAAUCACAACCGAUACCAGUCGCCGUCCCAGCAGCAGCAUCAGCAGCAGCACCAGCCUCCCUACCACUACCAGCCGCAGGACCCGCUGGGACCGCACCACUACCACCCGAAGCAACCGCUGCCGCAGGUGGUGGUGGGCGACAGCACACCGACGGCCUACGACAGUAUUGACCAUCACCACCACCACCACCACCAACACCAGCAUCACCUUCAUCUUCAGCCAUCGCACCACCAUCUCCCCUCCUCCCAUCAUCCGGCGCCGUCGCAGCACGGUGGCAGCAGCGGGAGCAGCAGCAGCAGCCAGCAGCACCAGUUCCCGCCGUACGGGCAGCAGACGUCGGCGUCCAGCCAGCAGGCCGUCCACCACCAGCAGCAGCAGCAGUGCAACAGCAGCAGCAGCGGUGGUUCGGGCCACAGUACCGCGGGACCGCAUCCGGUGGCGCACAACAACGCGCACGCGCGGUACGGCACGAGCCCGGCGGCGACCGAGCAGCCGGAUCCGUACUGGGACGAGCCGGCCGACAGCCGGCGGUUCACCGAGCGCAGAAAGAAGACGGUCCGUUUCGAUGGGCAGGACUCGGACGACUGGUCCCGGUGGGAAUCGGAGCGCCAGGGCAGCCAGGACUCGGCCACCAAAGACUCGGGCAUCGACACGAGCAGCACGUUCACCAGCAGCGAAGACUCGAAUCGGGGCGAUGGUCCAAAGAAUCCGGUUAGCUGGCAAGUGUCGUCGGAGGGCCAUCGAAUGAUUGGCCAUCUGGUGCAGCGACGGCUCUUCGACGGCGAAGAUGUACUGGGGCUGAAGGUACGUGGUGGCCAGGUGCUACCGAGCGCUACCCGGGCCGCGCUCAUCGAGCUGGAGAGCGCCCAUCUCCGGCAAGAGAACUACGAUCGGCGUGAUAAGCCGAGCGUGCUGGUGACCUCACCGGGUUCGCCGGACUUGCACAGUGUGCGCAACUAUUCCGCCAACUCCCGGUACAGCAACCGGUUGACGCCGGCCGGGACGGUACCGCAGGAGAACAGUGUCGGCGGGCGGGUCCAGCUCAAGCUGGGCUUCGAGCCGAGCUCACUGCAGCUGAUCGUGACCGUGCUCUGCGCCAAUGGGCUCGUCCCGAGGGGGAACGGGGCCGCACGCAAUCCGUACGUCAAGAUCUGCCUGCUACCCGAUCGCAGCGAAAAAUCGAAACGUCGCACCAAAACCCUAGCCCUCACGAACGACCCACGCUGGGGCCAGACGUUCGUGUACGAAGGUCUGCGGAGGGCCGACCUGAACAAUCGGUUGUUUGAGGUUACGGUGUGGGACUACGUCCGGUACGGUGCGAACGAUUUCCUUGGCGAAGUAAUUAUCGAUCUGUCCACGCACCCGCUGGACGAUGAGUCGGAAUGGUACAUUCUUCAGCCGCAUCAGGACUCACUGCGAGAUACUUUGCGUAGAGACGAUAAAGAACCUGGCAACGAAUUGGAUAUGAUAUUAACCCCGACCGAUCAUUUAUCGCCACCGAGUACGACCUCACGCUUGAGUGACUCUGAUACGACAUCCGAAUGCGAUAUCGAUGGUUUGAUGACCGGACGUGACGGCGCUAGUGUAUCAUCCUUAGGCAGCUCAUCUAGUCCUCCGCCAGAGGUCGAUCUGCAGGAUAGGCGAUCUAGACGGGAUAUGUCCCCGCAGGGCCGAAAACGAGCAGCUGGAAUGGUAGCGAAGGACUAUCGCACAGUCUCCGGUGUCGGACAGGGAUUUCACAACCAGAUGAACGCGGAGGCAUCGUCGGCCUACAGGCGCAACGGUACGAUGGCGUUGAAUCAGCGCAGCCAGUCGGCGGCACCGAGCGAGAACUAUCGGGACGAUCGGCGGGACUCGUUAUCGCCACAAGAUGAUAGAUAUACAGAAUAUCCAGUUCUUCCAUUGCAUCAGUAUGCGCCAAGAUUUCAAUCACGAUCGGCGACAGCGACACCAACCGGAUCACCGAAGAAACGACAAUUACCACAAGUACCUCACAUGUCACGGAAUGCAGCAAUACGGGAGCGGUUCAUUCAGGACUUUGAGGAGCGCAGCGGGGGUCGAUUCGCGCGGCAUCGGGGCCGCCAGAGCCACCAUCAGCCGACGUACCGCAGCACGGGAAUGGGAGGCUGGGAGCGGCACUACUCCGGACUUUCCGACAGUGACUUGACGACGCAUUCGUUAGAGAGUAGAAUUAGACCAAGGCACUCACUAUCCCCGGACAAGGAUUUCAUGGGUGACUUCGGCGAUUCCGACAUGGAAUCGGUAGUUAGUGUUACUUCAAGUGCUUUCUCAACCCAAUCGGAGCGACCGCGCGGAUCGAAAGGCAUUAGGAACAUUCACAAUCGACGAUUGCAGAACCGAAGCCUACCGACCGGGUGGGCCACGACUUCACUCUGUGCACUGCCGAGUGAGUAUGCGGGUGGCCAGCAGCAGCAACAGCAGCAGAAGGUCGGCGGUGACCAGGCGGCGAUCCUUCCCGUCCUGCCGGACGUAACGCAGUCCGCACUCAUACCUCCCAAGCCGGAGAUUCUCGGCGAUCCGCAGCCCCAAGACCUAGUAGGCUGUGGCGUUGUUAGUUCCUCCACCGUAGCUGACGCUAGUGUCCAAGCUAGGGGGUUUCCCUUGGGUCAGGGGCAGCACGAAGAGGCUCUCGGUGGAAUCUUCACACCCCAGCCUGUUCCAAUCUCUCCGGCUCCACCCGACGGGCAGGUGGUAUUUGCCCAGCCGUGUGGUGCUAGCGGCUAUGGGACCGCUCCUUCUGCCGUGCUCGAGGGCACGAUGCAGGAGGGAUACUUUAACGAGCAGUGCAUCACGCUCAACCCGGACCGAAGUACCAUCCAGAGCUACACGCUGAACCCGGGCAGUGAGAACGUUAUGACCACCUCGGUGAACCUUUCCUCGGCCGGUCAGACAGUGGCGGCUCAGAUGCCAACCACUUCGCUUGAGUUUCACUCCGGGUCGCUUCCCACCGACCACUAUUUUGGGUACGGUGCUGGUGCUGGACCUGCGGCUGUCAGUGGAUCGAUGGAUCAUCUCAUGUCUACCUCGCUUCACGCAGGAGAUGGUGGCGGAUUGUCGAUGGACUAUCGCCAACCUUCACCGGGUUCGACCGGAGGUCGACGGCCGUCAUACUCGAUGCGUUCGAACACAUCGGAACCGAACCUUAGUACCAUGAUUGUACGGCGUAUGUCCGCACGUCCGAUGGAUCAGCAGCAACAGCAACAGCAGCCUUAUCGACAUGCGUCUCAGCAGCUGCAGACAUUCAACUAUCAACAGCCGCGCAAUCAGAUGAUUUCCAUCUCCAACCGCUACCAUCCACAGUCGCACGUCCCGCUGGGAACGGAGCUGAUCAUGGCCACGGAUGGGGGUCAACCGUCGGGCCGCUAUCCUUCCUCCUCGGCAGGUUCUACGAACCAGAUCAUCCUCAAGUCGUCCUACUCCGACCAGAAUCUCAACAACAGUGCCGUGUACGAUCGGCCGAGCGGGGCGGGUCAAAACAUAUGCAUCUCCAACCAGAACGUGUACGAUCCGCACACGGGCUAUCAGAACCAAACGAUCACUUGCAUUCGCGACAGUCGGGAGAAUCUGGGUGAAAGUAACAUCCGGUACACGAGCAACCCGGAGGGUAUGGUGUGCGAAAUCAGUGCGCCGGAUAUGCAGUUUCGUUCGUCCCGUCCGGCCUAUAUGCUGGAGGACGUGCCACCGGCACUGGAACAGGGCAUGGAGCGAUCGCUGCGUGCUAGUCCCAAUCGGAUGGCGAUGGACGGGGGCGAUCGUGAGUAUGCGGUCAGCGGUUUGGAGCAAAACUGUCUGAGGAUGCCCGGGAAUCCCGGGCUGGAGGUGCUCAAGUCACCGAGUGAGUCCCGGUAUGCGGUGUAUGCUGAAAAGCAACCCUACCGUGAGACGGCGUACCCGGUGAAGCCGGAUAAGAUCGCCCGAUCGCACUCGCUGAUCGCGCAGGAUCAGAUCAUCGAUAUCGAGUACGAUUCGGACACGGGCUGGAAGACGAAGAGUGUCCGAAAGAACUUGCUCGCUAGUCGCGUCGAGGAGCAGGUGUACCGCAAGCGUACCCGCUCGCUGGGUGGUAGUGGUGGUGAGGGUGAGCAAGGGAGCGGGGACUCGGGGAACCGAGUAGCGGGCACGCAGGGGAGAAAGAGUCGAAGCAGUUCGAAGAGUAGCCUCGAUCGAAGCAAUCUCACUUUGAAUAUCGUGAAGAACACCGAACAAGCCGAGAGGAAGGUAGAUGAGCGUCCGGGGAAUCGGCAGGGGAAUGAAGAUAAGGCAAAGUCAAAGGUGCCGGAGAAAGGAAAGCCUCUUGUGGAGGCCAAGAAGGACCGGGAGGGAACGAAAUCGUCUAAGCAGAGCGUGGCGAAACCUGGCACGAUGGUGAAGUCUAAGUCGACCACAUCGAGCACUCCGAAGAAGGGCACCAAAAGUCCGGCAAAGGGCGGCUCGAUGAAGAAGGCAGGCUCGGUGAAGGGUAAACCGACGAAAGCGACGCCGACGGCCAGCGGCUCCAAGGGCAAGGUUACGGAAAAGCCCAACUUUAAGGAGAUCGAAACUAAGAAGUCCGCGGUCAGGCUAGGGAAGGGCGCCAAAUCGGACAGCAAGGGUCGAGUGGACGAACUCAAGUCGGAAUCGGGCAUCCUGUAUAGCAGUUCCGAGUCGAUCAAGUCGAUCAUCGACGAGGUGCGCAUGGAGCUGCUGCAGAAGCCCAAAUCGACGGUGUACCUGAGUGACGAGAGUCCGACGGUGAUGUUGAACCGGAGCCACUCGCUCAGCGAUGGGGAGUUGAACGCCGGUGGGAAGCGCUUCCACGAGGCGGCCUACGAUAGGUACGAGCUUGUCGAGGGUCGCAAGCACUAUCUGUUGAGGGAGGAGCGAAUGCUGCCGCACCGAGCGGGGGAUCGGUAUGAGCGUGAGGAACGCCGGGGGGAUCGAAUGGUACCGGAUGGGGAAGAGGACGAUCCGACCGGUCGCCGAUCGGAGCUGUUUCCCAAGUGUAAGUCGCGCAGCUCGAGCCUUGUGUCGCUCGAGCGCGAUGAGGAGCAGACUGUGGCGACCCGUGGGCGCAAGGAUGCUUACUACGACGAGGCUGAGGACGAGGAGGGUGACGACGAGGUGUUUGAGAGUUCGUUCUCGCGUGGGAGGAACUCGUCGUUCAACGGGAAGUCGUCGUUGAAGCGCCGGGCUCGGUAUGACACCCGGCGCACCAGCAGCCUCGAGGGGUUGGAUCAGUUCCUGUCGAACCUGCAGGACAAAGAGCGCCAGGGUCGGCGUGGGGCGGGAGGCGAAGGUCCGGACAGUGUGCGGCACAGCUCGGUCAGCAUCAACGAGAAGCCCGAGUACUUCGAGUACACCCGGUCGCCGUGUUCGCCCCAAUACCGCGCCACUAGUAGUAGUAGAAGUAGUAGCACCACCCGUAUCGCUAGCAGUAGAAAAAACGCUAACUAUGAUUCCGCUCUUCCCCCCAAAUCCCUUUCCUCCUCUUCCAACGGUGUCGCGCUGCUGCAAACCGAACCGAAACGGCCGUCGAUGAAAAAACCCAACGUCGGGGCCUCUGGCGGUGGGUCGUCAUCCCGGUCGCGCUCGCACGAUCGACACUCCGAUCAACAACAACAACAUCGGAUGCGCUCCCGGGUGGAUCCGCACAGUGACUACGAUGUGCGCGGCCGGAACCGGUACGGCGGCCACAACGGUGGCCGGGACGCGUACCGGCAGCGGGACCGGGAGCGGGACCGGGAGCGGAACAGCAGCGAUCACGAGCGGGACCGUGACCUGAGCGACCGAGAGCAACGGGAGUCGCGCGAGCGCGGAGAACUGGACCAAAGUCUUUCGAAUACCGAGGGCACACCGGAGGAUAAGAUAGACGGUAGCCUAAGCGAUACGGCCGUGAUACAGAGUUUGGACGCACGACGUAAGUUGGACCAACGAUCGCCGAAAAGCGAAACGCCCACCAGGGACCGGGACCGGUUCGGUGCUGGUAUGGGCAUCAAGAGUAACUCGACCUCGCAGCUGUCGGCAACAGAUGAAAAAGGUCGUAAGCGACGCAUGGGGUUUGGUAAGCGUGGCAAGAAUUCCUUCACCGUACAUCGAAGCGAGGAGGUGCUCCCGGGCGAGGUGCGUGGCGGCGGUGGUCUAUCGCGGGGCUCUUCCGCCUCCAGCGAUGGCGAAGGAAGUGCCGACGGUGACAGGUGGUCACCAUCGCUGCGGGUGGCGGGUGAUACGGGACCUUUAUCGGACUUCAUCGAUGGUUUGGGACCAGGACAGCUAGUUGGACGCCAGGUACUGGGUGCUCCUGCCUUAGGUGAUAUUCAACUGUCUAUGUGCUAUCAGAAAGGUUCCUUAGAGGUUGAAGUGAUAAGAGCAAGAGGAUUGCAGGCACGUCCUGGCUCAAAAGUACUUCCAGCGCCUUACGUUAAAGUGUAUUUAGUUUCCGGUAAAAAAUGUAUAGAAAAAGCAAAAACAACGACUGCUAGGAAAACGUUAGACCCACUAUAUCAGCAACAACUAGUGUUUAGGGAGCCGUUUGCGAAUUGCAUACUUCAGGUUACGGUGUGGGGCGACUACGGGCGGAUGGAGGGCAAGAAAGUAUUCAUGGGCGUUGCGCAGAUCAUGCUGGACAACCUCAACCUGUCACACAUCGUCAUCGGCUGGUACAAACUGUUCGGCACGACGUCACUGGUCAGUGGGCCACCCAGUUUGGGCCUCUCUAGGCGAUCCUCGAUCGCCUCACUCGAUUCACUCAAGCUGUAA